UGUUUGGGUCGAGGCGACAUGGCGAUCAACCCGCGCAAGGACGGAGGCCCCAACAUCAAGUACUAUGAGUCCGCCGAGACCGUCUCCCGCUUCGAGAAUGUCAAGACGUGGCUGACGAAGAACGCCAAGAAGUAUGUGGCUGCAGAUCCACCAACCAACAAGGGCCUGUCCCAGUUGGUUAUUCAGCUCCUGCAGUUUAUGGAAGAUAACUGUGGCCAAAAGGUCACUAAACCUCCAAUGACAAAAUUACCAAUGAAAUGUUUCCUUGACUUUAAACCUGGAGGCGGACUUUGCCACAUACUUAGCACAGUUUACAAAUUCAAAAGUGAUCAAGGAUGGCGAAGGUUUGAUUUCCAGUCACCAUCAAGGAAGGAUGCAAACAUUGAACUCUUCCGGGAGAUUGAGAAGUCCUUGGUGGCAAACAAAUGCUGGACCAAACCUGCAGUCUAUAUCCACAAUGAUGUUGAUAAGGAAUUGAGAAAUGAACUCAAAGAUAUAGUGAAAAGACACGAUGGCAAGAUUGUAGAAGAGGAGGAUGAUGCCACACACAUUGUAUAUGAAGACCAAGACCCCUUGGAUGAUGAGUUUGCACGUGGAGCCAUGCGUCGGGACAAGCAGACUCUGUUCCACUUUUACUAUAUGCCUGACUCCUAUGACUCUUGGGCUGCAGGAGUUGAGCUAGACUAUGAUCCUCCAGAAUCACCACAGUUCCCUGACCACCAGUGGAAGGUCUGUGCCAAUUGGUUGCAAGAUUUAGAGUCCUACAAUGAAUGGAUGAAUGAGGAGGACUAUGAAGUAGAUGAAAAUGGACAGAAGAAGAAACAUAGUGGCUGCCUCAGUGUUGAUGAUACAAUGGGGCUCAGUGAUCCAGAUAAAAAAAAGAAAGCGAAAAAGCGGCCUCGAUCUCCACCUUCUCCACGUUCUAAGAGGAAAGGAGGCAGAAGCAAUGCUACCCCUGGAAAGCCAGUGAAGAAAACCAAGACCGAGGAGGAGGAGGAAGAUCUUACACGAGAUAUGGAAGACCCCGUUGCCGAGCCAGCUGUCACUGAGGUUACCACUGGUUCCAAAAUUCAGCCGAGCAAGGGAGGAAAUUACAUGGACCUUGAUGAGGAAGCAGCUGAUAAGACGGAGAAAACAGAAGGACAGCCCGUGCCAGACAGUGAGGACACAGCCACAGAUCAAACCCAUCACAUCAUUGUGCCCAGCUAUGCUGCCUGGUUUGACUACAAUGCCAUUCAUGCCAUUGAAAAGAGAGGGCUCCCAGAAUUCUUCAAUGGCAAGAACAGGUCCAAGACUCCUGAAAUUUAUUUGGCAUACAGAAACUUCAUGAUUGACACUUACCGAUUAAACCCAACAGAGUACCUGACCUCUACAGCUUGUCGCCGCAACCUGGCGGGUGAUGUCUGCGCAGUCAUGCGUGUCCAUGCUUUCUUGGAACAGUGGGGCCUAAUCAAUUAUCAGGUUGAUGCAGAUGCCCGUCCAACCCCUAUGGGUCCUCCUCCUACCUCUCAUUUCCAUGUGUUGGCUGACACUCCUGCUGGUCUGCAAUCCAUCAAUCCUCCAAAGGUCAAUCAACCAUCAGCAGCUAAGCAACUUAUGGACUUCGACAAGAAGCCUGUAGAUAAGAAACCAGAAUUUGGUAUUGGUACAGAAUUUGGUCUGAAAUUGGAUCAGUAUUCUAAGAAAACUGGAGCUCUCAAGAACAAGUCAGCAGCAAGUCAGGCCAGAGAAUGGACUGAACAGGAAACUCUGCUUUUGCUAGAAGCCCUUGAAAUGUACAAGGAUGACUGGAACAAGGUUUGUGAGCAUGUAGGUACCAGAACACAAGACGAGUGUAUCCUACAGUUCCUGCGCCUCCCCAUUGAGGAUCCUUACCUAGAAGAUCCCGAGGCUGGCAGUGGACCCACCCCUACGGCCCUUGGCCCUCUUGCUUACCAGCCCAUCCCCUUCAGCAAAUCUGGAAACCCAAUUAUGUCCACAGUGGCUUUCUUGGCAUCUGUUGUUGACCCCAGGAUUGCUGCUUCUGCAGCCAAGGCCGCCAUGGAUGAGUUCUGCAGGAUCAAGGACGAGGUCCCGGCUGCUCUCCUUGACUCGCACAUCAAGAAUGUUGCCGACAACGCCGCCUCCAAUGAAGGAAAGGUUGAUCCCACUGCUGGCUUGGCCAAGUCUGGCAUUGCUGGCACCGAACCAGAAGGCGAGGAGAAGAAGGAAGGGGAAGGAGAGGCAGAGAAGAAGGAUGAGGCAAAGAAGGAUGGUGAGAAGAAGGAAGAAGAAAAGAAGGAGGAAGCUGACAAGGAGAAGAAGGAAGAAGCCAUGGAAGUUGACAAACCAGAAGAAAAGAAGCCUGAAGAGAAGAAGGAAGGUGAAGAGGAAGAAAAGAAAGAAGAAAAGGAAGUUAAGGAAGAAAAGAAGGAGGAAAGUCCAGAAGAGAAGAAGUUGGAUGCCGAACGAGAAAGAUUACGCAAAGAUGCCUCCGUUCAGCAAGCAGCCAGUGCAGCCCUUGGUUCAGCCGCUGUCAAGGCUAAACAUCUGGCUGCAGUCGAGGAGAGGAAGAUCAAGUCUCUGGUUGCUCUUCUGGUGGAGACGCAGAUGAAGAAGCUGGAAAUCAAACUACGUCACUUUGAGGAGCUUGAGACGAUCAUGGACCGCGAGAGAGAGAGUUUGGAGCUGCAGAGGCAGCAGCUGUUACAAGAGCGGCAACAGUUCCACCUGGAGCAGUUGAAGGCUGCCGAAAUGCGAGCCCGCCAGCACGCAUUGCACCAACUCACACAGGGAGCAAGUCCAGCCCAUUCCCCUGCCCCAGCCAUGGCUCAGGUUCAUACGUGAAUAUUGCCAUGCAAGUGAGGUGAACAAGUUGAACUCUUGCUGAGGAAAGGAAUUCUUAUCAUUGGUGAAUUUUGUAUCAAUCUGGAGUAGAAUUAUGAGAAAAGAUUCUACUUCACAAGAUUUAAUGGUUGAUGAAUUUGUUAAAUAUAAGGAUUGGGCAUCCCAUCUUAAUUUAAGUAGUAAAAAAGUACGCAGAAAUAUUUAAGAAUUUUUCCAAUCAUUAAAUCAUUAUUGAACUUGAAAGGUAUGAAGUUCAAGGCUGAUUUUCUCUUUGUAAAGAAAAAGCAAAGUCCUCAGUUCAGUCGCAGGAUUUGAACAUGCAAGGCCUACUGCCCUUUUCAUAACUUUUGUAGUUUCUGUAAAAUGAUAUUACAUUCCUGUUGGCCAAUUGAGAGGAUCAUUAAAAGCCAAGGUAAAGAGGUACACUUCUAUGUGAAACUAGUGCUAAUUUAAGUUACAAGCAAUGUUUUCUGGACAACUGUUAGGUUUAUUUUAGACUUACGUCGAUACUAUGUGCAGUGUGUAACAUGUCUGGAAAUCUCAAUGUAUGUAUUAUAGAACAUUAUCACAAUUUUAUCAUUAAAGUCAUUUUUAUA